AUGGAUCUGAAAGGGAAUGGCAGUAACCACAAUGAAGCAACAGAACAGUUAUUUUUGGUUGAUGUUCCAAGGGAUCCAUUAGUAUCUACCGGCACCAUAGUCAGUAGCAAUAUAACUAAUGAUGACGUAAACUCUGCAGAAAACGUACAUCCUGACUCUCUCGUAAGCUUAAUGGAAGUACAAUCUUCCUCGAUUUGCUUCCCUACUAAAUUUCCAUAUAAUUUUUCAUCUGGAAGCCCAGCUGAAGCAGAACCAGCUUUGAUUCAUGCAUCUACAAAAAGAAAACAACGGCGAUAUAGAACGACCUUCACAAAUUUUCAAUUAGAAGAAUUGGAGAGGGCCUUUCAAAAAACUCAUUAUCCUGAUGUAUUUUUUAGAGAAGAAUUAGCAUUAAGAGUACAAUUGACUGAGGCAAGAGUGCAGGUAUGGUUCCAAAACAGACGAGCCAAGUGGCGCAAACAGGAAAAGCAGUGUAAAAGUAAUCCUCAUCUUGCAGUAGAUUGUCAAACUAUGCAACAGCAGCAACAUCAACAUUCUCAGACAGACCAUCUGCUAUUAGAAUCAUCACUUGCAAGUCCGUCAUCUGUAUAUCUUGGCAUGGAAUGGACAGGCUUCUCACCAUUUAGUAGUGGAACGUCUUCUCUCGUAAUCAGCGGUGUAAAUAAAUUAUCGGAAAAUGAUGACAAUACUUUAUUAGAUCCAGAUUUAUUACAGCUGAAAACAUCGCGAUCUUAGUGUGAUCAUUGCAUUUCACUUUUGCAUUGCUAUAAAUUACAAUAUUAUUUUAUUAGGUUAACCAUCGUUAUAAUACUAA